AACGUGUAUGUUCCCCCAACCUAGCACGUACCGAGCAUUAUAAAUUCUGUCAUAAUAUACUCGAUUGUGUCUAAGAAAUAGUGUAAAGUGAAGUGUUAUUUGGACAAAAUAAUUAAUUAAUUUUAAACGUAACUUAAAAUAAAUAUGCUAUGUGAUUUGUGCUUAAAAGUCGAAGAGUUUGUAGAUUAAUAGAAAAAAAACUUUUGUAUUAAGCAACGAAAUACAAAUUCUGUGACAAAAAAAUAACAAUAAAGUUUUAAGACAUCCUCAAAGAAUAAAAGCAAAUAAAUAUUUAUAUGCUUCCUAAAAUAAAUACUUACAUUGUACAGUCCCAUAGGUACUCUAGUGUAUGUGUAUCUAUUUAAAUACAUUCCACUUUGAAGGUCACGCGAUGUUGACUCGACCAAUGUCAACUCCGUGAGUCCGAACUCUGUUAAAUUUUUCUGUCUAUCGUCCUUUAAUUAUUACUGAAAAUGUUUAUAUUAUAAUAAAUCUUCGUAGGGAUUAGAAUACUUUCAAACAUUAUUCUGAUCGAUUUUUACAUUAUGACCCUAAUAACACUAUAAUACGUACUUCAAUGAAUUGGCUCAUUUAUUUGAUAGCGCAGGUGAUAUCACCUUAUGAUAGACACAUGCAUGACGAUCGGAUGUUCAGGGCCUCAGUUCGCCGCUAAUGUGUGCGCGAGAUACCAACAUGUUUGUUUUGUGAUAAUGGUGACGGGAGUCUGCGCGCGCAUACCGGCCACAUAAAGAAACGCCGGCCACGUGCUUUUGUGUCGCGUCUCACGACUGGUAGACAAUUAUUUAACUUCAUUGUGACAAAGUGUAGUUGCGUCAUUCGAGGACAUUCCUUUACAAUUUACCGUGGUUAAUGGUGUUUACUGUGUGUGAUUGGAAUAUACCGCGGGAUACGUUGGUGAACUGGCGCGGCGAUAUGUUGUUGCAUUCUAACAGCGAAACGAGAGGGCCUGUACAACGGAGGCACUCAGAUCUUUUAGAAGUUCUAUGCUCGCUUGGGGCACGGGCCGAGGUGGAGCGGGUAGCUCUAGGUGCCCUGCCCUGCCCGUGCCAGUCGAAGGACUUUCCAGCGAGGAAGAUAGCGAAUAUGACUCCCAAGGCGCGUUGCUCGCGGGCGCCGUCGCUCGUGCUCGAAGACGACACGCCAUAAAACUCAAACGAAAAUCAAAGAUUGCCCUCAGAGCACCAAGACGCACAAGCGAGAGCGCGGGCGGAGGGGCGCGUGUCCUGCGCUCCACGCCUGACUGGAGCGACACUGCCAUCAGCGGCGAACAUCUCUGGUCUCCAACCUCCGUUUCCGGAGAUUGCUGCUAUGUUGGAGAAACUGAAUGUCAGAAACAUGGAGCACGAAUGAAAUGUUCAGCGUGUAAAAUCGUGGCGCACACUGCGUGCAUCGACAUACUCAUAGACCGCGUUCACUUCACCUGCAAACCUACAUUCCGAGAUGUGGGGGUGCGGCAGUACAGAGAGCAGACCUUGACCCACCACCAUUGGGUCCACCGGCGCUCCGAAAAGGGCAAGUGCAAGGCUUGCGGCAAGUCAUUUCGGCGCAGUUGCUGUGGCUGGUGUCUAAUACCUCAAAGAUCUGUAGACAAGGCUAUAGAAUUACACGAUGAAAUUGGUGAUAGUUCUCUCCAAGCCAAAUUAUCUUUUAGUUCAAAGGAAAUCGUCGCGUUGAGUUGCUCCUGGUGUAAAGACGCUUACCAUAAUAAAGAAAGUUGUUUCAAUUUGCAAAGGAUAGGGGAAGAAUGUUCCUUGGGUACGCAAUCUAAUAUAAUUGUGCCUCCAUCGUGGAUAGUAAAACUGCCAAGAAGAGGUAGUUUUAAAUCUUCUUUGAGAAAAUCACCAAAAAAGAAAAACACAGCAAAGAAAAAAGGAAAAGAUUCCAAAGGCGAACAAAAGACUUUCGUAAUUAAACCAAUUCCAACCGCCAAUGUGAAACCAGUUCUGGUUUUUAUAAAUCCCAAGAGCGGAGGCAAUCAAGGUGUGAGACUGCUGCAGAAAUUCCAAUGGCUACUUAAUCCCCGACAAGUUUUCGAUCUUACUCAAGGCGGACCGGGACCAGGAUUGGAAAUGUUUCGAAAGGUACCCAACUUGCGUGUGCUCGCGUGUGGUGGUGACGGUACUGUCGGAUGGGUUCUAAGCGUGCUCGACAGGAUCGGGUCGCGGCCAGCCGUGGGCGUGCUUCCACUGGGCACAGGAAACGACCUCGCGAGAGCACUCGGCUGGGGCGGGGGUUACGAAGACGAGCCAAUAUCCAAAAUAUUAGCCCAUAUCGGCGAAAGUGACACAGUAUUGUUGGAUCGGUGGCAGUUAAAAGUCGAGCCCAACGAAGCGGCUUCUGGAGAAGAUACGAGCAACGCUAAGCCGGAACUGCCACUUAAUGUCGUCAACAAUUACUUCUCCUUCGGCGUUGACGCGCAUAUUGCUCUUGAAUUUCACGAGGCGAGAGAGGCACAUCCCGAAAAAUUCAACUCUCGGAUCAGGAAUAAGCUGUUUUACGGAACUGCCGGUGGAAAGGACUUGAUGCAGCGGAAAUGGAAAGGUCUGGCCGACUUCGUCACCAUGGAGUGUGACGGCAAGGAUUACACGCCCGUGUUGAGGGAACAUAAAGUGCAUGCAAUUGUGUUCUUAAACAUUCCAAGCUACGGUGGUGGAACUCACCCAUGGAAUAAAUCUGGAGGUACUUCUGAACCUUCAACCGAAGAUGGUCUUAUAGAAGUUGUAGGAUUAACAACUUACCAAUUGCCUUUACUCCAAGCGGGAGGUCACGGGACUUGCAUCACGCAAUGUAAAACUGCGAAGAUCGUGACCACUAAGGUGAUACCGAUGCAAGUUGACGGUGAGGCGUGCAGGCUCGCCCCCUCGGUUAUAACACUAUGUAUACUGAACCAGGCCAUCAUGCUCGCAAAGAAGAAACCCGGCAGAGUUCUUGUGCCACAAACAACACUUGAUAAACUUACACUCACCGUGAAUCUCAUAACAAUGGCGGACUACGAACGUCAUCAUUACGACAAGGAAUUGUUAGCGAAAACAGCGGAACGGAUCGGCACUUUGGACGUAAAUCCGGCAGCCGACUUGGAGCAAAUGCGAGCUCUCAUUCAGAACAUGAUCAAAGAAUCUCAUACAUACUCAAACCUCGUCGAUUGGUGGUUCGUCGACUCCGUGACCGCGGAACGAUUCUUCCGCAUUGACAAGGCGCAAGAGAACCUCCACUACCCGACUGACAUCGGCCACGAGCACGUGUACAUCCUGGAUGCGGCGCCCGUGACGCCCGACACGGAGUCGACCGCGCACCCCGACACCACCACGGCUUCCCCAGACCGCACCGCGCCCUCCGUUUCCCUCGACACCACCACCGGCCUCUCAGUCUCCCUGGACAUAUCACAGAGCGUGGACACCCCGAGUGCUGGCGUGUCUUUGGACGUUCCGGAGUCUCAUGCCAGUGAGUCUGGUUUGGGGAGUCCAGCACGGACAUCAGAUGAACCUCUUACACCUCAAACACCGCCUUCAGGCUUACCGGGCGGACACUCCACAAAUAAAAUAUCCAUUCUCCCCCCGAGAACAUCACCACAGCCUCCGAGAAUCCCUUCAAUUCAAGAUACCCAUUCCCCACCACUCUGCACUAGUCCUCCAGUUAAGGACCUACAGCCCAGUCGAGAUUCACUUGCACGAUUUAAAACCGUUCACGAAAAACUGUUUGGAUUUGAUCAAGACGUUUUUGGCUGUAGAAACUUACUGGAGAAAACAACGGACGCGCUCCUCAAAGCGGCUAAAGUCGGUGACUUGAAAAUGAUGAAAGAGCUGCACGGGGCCGGGUACUCACUGCUGUCGAUCGACGCGAGCGGACAGACGGCGUUGCACAUUGCGGCGCGCUACGGGAACAAGGAGAUCGUAAAGUACCUGAUAGCGAGUGCGCCGAGUGCCAUCCUCGAUAUGCGAGACAACGAGCGCGGGCAGACGGCGCUGCACAAGGCGGCCGCGCACCGCCGCCGCGCCAUCUGCUGCAUGCUGGUGGCGGGCGGCGCCGCGCUCGCGCGCCCCGACCGCGCCGGCCUCACGCCGCGCCUGCUGGCACUGCGCGCCGACGACCACGACCUGGCCGCCUACUUAGAGAGUCAAGAGCACUUCCAAAUCGUAUCAGAAGAUCUAGAAACGCCUGUGUGAAUUUGUUAAUAAUAUUCAUUCUAAUAAUAGAAAAAAUGGACAGUUUCAUUGCGCUAAAAAAUCAAAUCGACGAUAAAGAUUAUAUACUCAAAUACCAAAGUGAUAUUGAGAAUUCAAAUCGCAGUUACACUUUUAGUAUUUUCAUUAAAGUGAUUUAGUUCUACGCGAUAACAAAUGUAUUUUAAACUAAUAAAACUUCACUGUAAGUAUUUCGUAAAACUCAUUAAAAUUACUUAAAAUAUGUAUAUUUUAAAAUUAAAAUUAAUACAGAUAAAAUUCAGAUAUAUGCUUACUUCCUAAAUUGUUACAUUGAAAAUCGAAUAUUAUGUGAAUUUCUUAAGAAUAUUUUUCUAAAUGGACAAAACUUCUUUUAUUUUUGUACUCAUAUAUUGAUUUCUAAAUAAUAACGUGACAUAUUUUUUAUGAUUUAUUUGAACGCUUCUGACAUGUCAUAAUCAAUAAAAAAAAUAAUUAAUGAAAUCAUACGAUCCAAAACUAAAACAUUAUAAAUUUAUUACUAAGGCCCGGAUUUAUGCCUAGGCUUACAUGGCAUCGGCAUCUUGUCCAGGCCAGCCGAGGGCCCAAAAUAACCUCAACCAAAAAUAAUAUCAUUUUACUCCAACCGCGUCGGCAUGGGAAGGCCUCAAAUGUCAAAGUGCCUAGGGGCCUUUACAUUGCUUUAGCGUAAAGGCAUUUUGAGAUUCACAUAAUUUAAAAUGAUGAUAUUUAGGUAUCGGUAUAGAAUCUUAUAGAUACAAUUAUAGUAUUAAUAUUAUGAAAUCAAAAAUAAAACACUGCUUUUUUAUUUAGUUACUAUUAAAAAUUGUACUUUGAAAAAUAUAUAGUAGUGUGGCUGUGUGGUUGUGUAGUUAUAUCUUAUGUAUAUAAAAAAAACAUACACUUCAAUUAUUUUAAAACGUAGUUUCGUCUUAAUUAGUAGUUACGUAAUUAUGUAAUUUACACGUAAUUACAAAUUAAGUGAGCCUUAUAACUUAAUACUAUUUUACCAAUCGUUGAGAUGUAACUUUUGUAAAAUAAUAAUUGUAAACUGAGUAUUCGUGUCGUAUAUUAAAUCACUUGUGACAUAACAUAUAAUCAUAGUUAUACGAUCUCAAGAUUUGUUUACUUUGAUUUAUAUUAUUGUAGAGAAGAAAAUAUUUUUUCGUGUGUAUCAUUCUCUCCCGAAUAUGGUAGCUAAGAUAGUUAUUUCCUGUACUUAUUUUAAAAAUCGAAUAUCGUAUGAGUUGUUAUAAUGCAGAUAACCCCAGCUGCUAUUUGUUACUAAGCAUAGUAUAUAGGACUAUUAAUUCCACUUUGACCCCAUCCUCACUAGCCCUCGACUGAAUCGAUAUUGAAGCAAUAAACUCUGGUCCUGGUUCAGUUCUUCUUAUCGAAGGUCAGUUUCGCGUUUAUUCCUCACAUGAUUUUAACGGUCACUCGUACGAGUAGUGUCAUUGCUGUGUUUAUUAUUGUGACUGUAUCGAAUACCUCUACGUACUAGAUGUACCGAAUAGUUUUAGUGUUUAACGAAUUUACUCGUACUCGCUUAUAAGCGAACAAUGAAAGACAAAGCUGUGAGAAUUUUGAUCUAAUGUAAAAAGUAAGUUCAUUUAUUAUCGUAAGUGCGAUUGUACACCGUAAUGCCGUUUGUGAGUAUACUUUGUUGUUGUAGAUAUAUACCUUGAGGUUCAUAUACUAUGAAGUACAUACGAGUACAUAAUUAUGUCUCGUAAUCGCAUUUGCUAUACAUGCGAAUUAUCUUCCUUCGAGGUAUAGUUACUAUUAGAAUGUAAAUGUAAGUUAAAUUUUAUUUUCGACUUAAAUAUUUAUCAAUCCCUCUUUUUUUAAACAUAGCAUUUAAUUCCUUUGAAUUUAUAGUUAUGGAAAAUAUGAUACAUAUUUUAAUACGAAAAGUUUCGAAACGAAUAUACCUUAUAAAUGAAGAGCUGUGUUGUGCUAGCUGUGUGUGUUCUUUGAUUGAUGCAUGCUAAUAGAAAAUGCAAUAUUUUCCUAUUUCCACACGUAUUUUUAAUGCAACGUUUUUAUAAAUUUAUCAAUUCAAAUUUGAAAUACUUUUUUCCAUAUUUAGUAUACUAAACUUACAAACACGCUGACACGUUAUAUGAAUAAUAUUGAAUAAUAUAUUUAUAUUAGUGGUACUUUCCUACUAGAUAUAACUCGUCUGUGUAAAUAUUGUAUUGGAGGCCUUCAUCGUGUUAAGGUUCAAGUAUAUAUGUUAAAGACAAUGUCAUUAAUUAUUAGCGAUUUUACAUGGUCGCUAGAUAUUAUGAAUAAUGCCUAAACUUCGUAGAUAAUGUGAUAAAUUAUUCACUUUAUCUAGAUAUUAUGCAUAAUAGUUAGAUGUUAUACAUAAUAUCCGUAUUAAUAUCUUUGGCUGUAACAUAUACACCGACUAUAAAGUACUCUAGAAUGUUAGUAUACUCUCUCGACCAAAUUCUAACUUAUGUGAAAUUUAAAUUGAACUUAAUAUCACUAGGUUAUAGUAUAUUGUCAAAUACUUCAUAGUUUUAGUAAUCCGAAGAUACACACAGAUGUUAUAUUAUCGAAAGAUGUAUCGUUGCUUUAAUAAAAUAUGUGUUUUAAUAUCAGUUUAAGGAUAUGAUCUGAAAACGGAGAAUUGAAAUUUUUCUUUUAUGAAAUAAUCGAAACUCGAUGCACAGUUUAAUUUUUUUAACUUCAACAAAUCAUUGACAAAGCUUUUAGUUUUUUUUUUUUUAAUUCUUGUUUUUGUUUGGAAAGAAAGAAGUGGAGUAAUAAAAAAAAUUUGAAACCGUAGUCAAUUAUUAUCAAACAAUAGGCUUUAUCCAGGUACUACAUUUAGAAAAUUCGUAACAAAUAUCAAUGUUAUAUUACUUAUCAAUAAUAUCUUUACAUUUUCUAAAUGAAAUAAAUUAAAUUGUGCAUUCAUAUGUUUGUCAUUUUUAAUAUCUUAUUAAUAAAAGUAACAAACAUAUAUACUGAAAAAAUGUUUACCAUUUGAAAAGCCAUACAGCAUUCCAGUUUGUAAUUUUUUUCACAGUAAUUACCAAAUUUUUACGGCUAAAUUUCGCAUAACUUAAAAACUAAAUAACUUAUGAAAGGAAUAUUAAACAAUUGAUCAUUUCUUAACGUUAAAAUUAAAGUACAAUCAAAAAUAAAAGGCGGCAAUUAAAAAAGUAUAUUAAUGUGAUUUUCAUUUUCAAUUUGUGAUUUGUGAAAGGUUGAAAACCUAACAGCUUAUAUAUUAUAGUUCGUGUUAUUUUAAAAUAUUGUUAUUUAAUUUAUCAUAGUCAAUUGUUAACAAUUGUUAUUUAAAAAAAAAACAUAAACGCCGUUUUGACAAACUUUCCCUAUGUAUAUACGGUUACACUUAUAUAAAUAAAAUUUGACACUUAUUUUAAAUUUAAUUCAUUUUAAAUUAAUAUUGUAGUUUGUAUAAAUAUUUGUUAAAGUAUCUACGUCUUAUAAAGGAAUCGUUAAGAUAGAAUUUUCGACAAUGUUCAAGACGAGUAUAACAUAUAUUAUCAAAACAGUUUCCCGACGCGCCUGUCUAUUUGUUUGUCUGAACGCGAUAAACUCAAAAACUACCGGACGAAAUAAUUCAUGACGAAGAUUUAGGUGUAUAAACCUAUAUUCAGUACAAAGUCAUUGAAUUUACAAAUAUGGUGGAAAUACAGUAAUAAAAUUUACUAAAUACUGGUUAUAAGACGUAGAUACUUAAAUAAUAUCGUAGAAUUUAUUGAUAAUGUUUUAUCCGAAUCCAUUUUGAACUUAGUAGGUAAUUAUUAAUCAUUGACUUUUAUAAAAUAUUAAAAAAUCAAUUUACUAAAGUAAUUUCGAGAGCACUCAUUUCUUUGUAUCAUACUUAUUUUUGCACUCAAAAACUCACUAUUUUAAAUAACAUUAUUUGAAGAAGUACACU